AUUCAUGCUUAUCAUGGCUAUGGUCCUUUUUGAAUAAAUAAUAUAAUGUUUCUUCAGUUUCUUUUCUUGCGUUUUCUGAGUGUAAUUUUUGUCCAGACAUAUUUUGUUCCUGAUGAAUACUGGCAGAGUUUGGAGGUUGCUCAUCGAAUGGUAUUUGGAUAUGGUUACCUGACUUGGGAGUGGCAUGAGUGCAUCAGGAGCAUCUUUUUCCCUGGGUUGUUUGCUGUCCUGUACAAGGUUCUAGCUGUGCUACGACUAGAUUAUGCUGUACUUCUGGCGAUUUUACCACGCAUUGGCUGUGCUGCACUCAUGGCUCUAAGUGAUGUAACAACUGUCAAACUUGCUGAUAAGUUGUAUGGAAAGUCAGUCCGGCGCAGCGUGUGCUUCUGCCUAUCAAGCUGCUGGUUUCUGCAGUACUGCGCAUCUCGCACCAUUUCUGGGGUGCCAGAAACUGCCGCUACUAUGUUAGCUCUUGCUUCAUAUCCUUGGAAUAAAUAUCAUGCAGUUGGGUCAUCGGUGUCAUAUCUGUGGUGGGUGGGGCUGGGAUGUGCACUACGCCCCACCACGGCUGUCAUGUUUGUGCCUUUGUUUGCUGUUCAGCUUGUGCGGUGUCAACAAAAACUGGCUCUCAUCUUCAAGGCUGUGGCUGUGACUGGUGUUGUGAGUGGCAUUGUGUGCAUCAUGGACUCCCUGUACUAUGGCCAAGCUACCUUCGUACCUUGGAAUUUCGUCAAGUUCAAUGUGCUGACUUCCUUAGCUGAUCAUUACGGAAGGCACCCAUGGCACUGGUACCUGACGACAGGGCUGCCCUCAGCCCUUGGCCCUCACACUGUCCUGCUGCUGCUCGCUGUCGCCUCCUCAUCCCGCACGCGGUCCUUGCAGCACAACCUCCUGCUCGCAAGCUCCGUCUUUACUCUUGCUGUAUACAGUAUGAUCGGUCACAAGGAAAUUCGGCUGCUGUUGCCUGUGUUGCCGCCUCUCCUGGUCAUAUGUGGCCACCAGUUGUCCCAGAUGCAGAGAUCCCACGUCAGCUCUCGGUACUACAAAUUUGGUCGGUGGGGGUUGCUGCUAUGGCUGCUGGUGCCGAGUGUUGUCUUGGUGCUCUAUUUUGGGUUGGCUCACCAACGCGGGGCUCUCACUAUCAUGUCCGAGCUCAGAGCUUUGCUGGGGAGCGCGACUGCACCGCUGGUGCUUUUCUUAACGCCCUGCCACGCCACGCCCCUCUACAGCCAUCUUCACAUACACGUGCCGGUGCGCUUCUUGACGUGCGAGCCGAACCUCAACCUCGCGCCCAGUUACGUCGACGAGUCUGAUCGCUUCUUCCAGCACCCGGACACAUGGCUGGCAGCUCACUUACCUUCUAGGAUUUCUCAUAGUGGGGAUGAAGUCAGAAAUAUCUCCAUGGAACCUCGUUAUUUGAAUUCUCAUUCGCAGGGUAAAGACAGCUUUUGUUGCAAAAAGUCCACUCUUGCGCUUUCGUAUCAGUUUCAAGCGAGAGACAUUCUGCUGCGAUAUCCGACUCACAUUGUAAUAUUUGACUCGGUCGCUGAUGCUUUGCAAGAUUUUCUACGUUGUUCAGGUUAUGAACUUUGUGCUGCAACUUUCCAUUCGUUGUUUAGGGAUAAGAACCGUGGCAAAUACAUUCAGGUGUACUGUCUGAAAGAAUCGUUAGGCCAAUAGCGGUUUCUUGUUACUGUCGCAGCACAACCAUCCAUUUCAACGCCGGUAUUAGGUAAAUGAUACACAAGUCUUGGAGCCGGAUCAUUCCAUGUUAAAUAACGUGCAAUUGUAAACCUUUAAGUAAUUGUUAUUUUCUAAAUGAUAACUGAAAAAAACUGAUUUAUUGAUCUCGUUCCCAAAACAUCUAAUUAGUUAAUCAAUACUGUUAUCUAUAUGACUAUAUUAUGUAUUUUAUAUAGUACUAGUGUUCUGGCUAUUCAAAAAUUCGUCUACGUGGCUUCAGAUGAACAUGCCCUUGAAAUUUGUGAAUAUUAAAGUUGAAUUAGUUGAUACUUUAUGUACGCAUAAUAAUCCGGGUAUUCACUUGAAAAAAUAUGCAAUGCACGCUCACUCAUAUUAUUGAACCACUAGUAUUAGUAAACUGCUACUGUAACGUUGAUAAAGGCGUUGCUAUAUUGUUAUUUACUUGCAUCUAAGUAGCUAAGAGCGAUUGGAUCUCUGAAUACAUUAAUCACGUUUAUGACAAGGCUGUACUUGCUCCCACGAUGAGGCAGGAAAAAAUCAAUGAAUUGUUACAACUGUUAAUUAGCGCCAAAAAAACUAGAAUUUGUGAAAUUCAUCAGAAUUUGUUAAAAUUACUCCCGUCUGUCUAUUUCUUUAAAAUUAGUAUUUUAACAAUUAGGAAAGAAUAAGUGAAAGUUAUAAGAUAGAAUCACAAGUUUUCAUAACCCUGAACAAUUUAAAUGCUAUUUCUUACUGUUAUAACUUAAGCCUUUUUUGUCCAAAUACAAAAUUUAUUUUUU